AGAGACUGCCUAAAGUCCCAAUGAACUCAUUGGCGUGGAGUACCGCUUAAUCCCACAAUGCAGCGCAUGGCGCGUCAUUGAAGAGAGACCAUGAUGGCGGCGGUUGGUGCACCAGAAGUGAUUUCACAGCUGGAAAGCGCUGCCAAAGUUUUAAUGGCCCCGCCAUCCAUGGUCAGCACGGAGCAGAGGCAGCAUGCGGAGCACAUAUUUCUGUCCUUCAGGAAGUCCAAAUCACCCUUUGCUGUAUGCAAGCACAUCCUGGAGACCAGUAAGGUGGACUACGUGCUGUUCCAGGCGGCCACGGCCGUCAUGGAGGCGGUGGUGCGUGAGUGGGUCCUGCUGGAGAAGAGCAGCAUCGAGUCUCUGCGCACAUUCCUGCUCACCUACGUCUUACAGAGGCCCAAUCUGCAGAAGUAUGUUCGUGAGCAGAUCCUCCUGGCGGUGGCAGUUAUUGUGAAGCGUGGCUCCCUGGACAAGUCCAUCGACUGCAAGAGCAUCUUUCACGAAGUCAGCCAGCUCAUCAGCAGUGGCAACCCGACAGUGCAGACGCUGGCCUGCUCCAUCCUGACGGCCCUGCUGAGCGAGUUCUCCAGCUCCAGUAAGACCAGCAACAUCGGGCUGAGCAUGGAGUUCCACGGCAGCUGCAAGCGGCUCUUCCAGGAGGAGGCCCUCCGGCAGAUCUUCGUGCUGACCAUGGAGGUGCUGCAGGAGUUCAGCCGCCGGGAGAACCUCAGCGCCCAGAUGUCCUCCGUCUUCCAGCGCUACCUGGCCCUGGCCAACCAGGUGCUCAGCUGGAACUUCCUGCCGCCCAAUCUAGGCCGGCACUACAUCGCCAUGUUCGAGUCCACCCACAACGUGUCACUCAAGCCCACCGAGACCUGGAGGGAGGCGCUGCUGGACACCAGGGUCAUGGACCUCUUCUUUACAGUGCACAGGAAGAUCCGGGAGGACUCGGACAUGGCUCAGGACUCCCUGCAGUGCCUGGCCCAGCUGGCUUCCAUGCACGGCCCCAUCUUCCCGGACGAGAGCGCCCGCGUCUCCUACCUCGCACACCUGGUGGAGGGGCUGCUGAGCAUGAUCAACGGGAUCGAGAUGGAGGACUCGGAAGCCGUGGGAAUCUCGAACAUCAUCAGCAAUCUGAUCACCAAUUUCCCGCGGAGCAUCAUGACGGCCCUGCCCAGCGAGCUCUUCUCCUCCUUCAUCACCUGCCUGACGGUGCUCACCUGCUCCUUCGGCCGCAGCGCCGCCCUGGAGGAAGUGCUGGAUAAGGACGACAUGGUGUACAUGGAGGCCUACGACAAGCUGCUGGAGUCGUGGCUGACGCUGCUCCAGGACGACGAGCACUUCCCCCGCGGCUGCUUCGUCCAGCCCGCCGUGCAGGUCUUCAACUCCUACAUCCAGUGCCACCUGGCAGCGCCCGACGGCACGCGCAACCUGACGGCUAACGGCGUGGCCUCCCACGAAGAGGAGGAGAUCAACGAGCUGCAGGAGGACGACCGCGAGCUCUUCUCCGACCAGCUGGCCAGCAUCGGCAUGCUGGGACGCAUCGCGGCCGACCACUCCAUCCCCCUGCUCACCAGUUUGUUGGAGGACCGCGUGACCCGGCUGCACGGGCAGCUCCAGCGGCACCAGCAGCAGCUACUCGCCUCGCCAGGACCCGAGUCCGUUGACCGGAAGGUUCUGGAUGACCUCUACGAAGACAUCCACUGGCUCAUUCUAGUUACAGGCUACCUCCUGGCGGAUGACCCGCAGAGCGAGACCCCGCUAAUCCCGUCGGAGGUGAUGGAGUACUCCAUAAGCCACUCCACGGAGGUGGACAUCAACACCACGCUUCAGGUCCUGGGAUCGCCGGGCGAGAAGGCCUGCUCCAUCCCAGGGUGCAACAGGACGGACUCUGUCAUCAGGUUGCUCUCGGCAGUGCUGCGCACAUCGGAGGUGGAGUCCCGGGCCACCCGCGCCAGCCUGACCGAGCUGCUGAGCCCGCAGAUGGGCAAGGACAUCGUCUGGUUCCUCAAACGCUGGGCCAAGACCUACCUGCUGGUGGACGAGAAGCUGUACAGCCAGAUCAGCAUCCCUCUCAGCAUGGCCUUUGGGGCAGACACGGAAGGUGCCCAGUGGAUUGUGGGAUACCUGCUGGAGAAAGUGAUUAACAACCUGUCAGUGUGGAGCUCAGAGCCGGAGCUGGCCAAUGACACGGUGGAGCUGCUCGUCACGCUCGUGGAGAGGAGAGAAAGGGCCAACAUCGUGAUCCAGUGUGAGAACUGGUGGAACCUGGCCAAGCAGUUCGCCAGCCGCACCCCCCCGCUCAACCUGCUGUCCAGCUCGGUGCAGCGGACGCUGAUGAAGGCGCUGGUGCUGGGCGGCUUCGCGCACAUGGACUCGGACACCAAGCAGCAGUACUGGACCGAGGUCCUGCAGCCCCUGCAGCAGAGGUUCCUCAACGUGAUCAACCAGGAAAACUUCCAGCAGAUCUGCCAGGAGGAGGAGGUGAAGCGUGAGAUCAUCGCCACGCUGGAGGCCCUGUGCGGCAUCGCCGAGGCCACGCAGAUCGACAACGUGUCCGUGCUCUUCAACUUCCUCAUGGACUUCCUGUCCAACUGCAUCGGGCUGAUGGAGGUGUACAGGACCACGCCCGAGACGGUCAACCUCAUCAUCGAGGUGUUCGUGGAGGUGGCGCACAAACAGAUCUGCUAUCUGGGAGAGUCCAAGUCUAUGAAGCUGUACGAGGCGUGCCUGACGCUGCUGCAGGUGUACUCCAAGAACAACCUGGGCCGCAAGCGCAUGGACGUGACGGCCGAGGAGGACCAGUACCAGGACCUGCUGCUCAUCAUGGAGCUGCUCACCAACCUGCUGUCCAAGGAGUUCAUCGACUUCAGCGACACGGGCAGCGACGACGUGUUUCGGGGCCAGGAGCAGGGCCAGGCAGCAGGCCGGACGGUGUCGGCGGCAGACGUGGUUCUGUACGGGGUCAACAUCGUGCUGCCGCUCAUGUCACAAGACCUGCUGAAGUUCCCCUCCCUGUGUAACCAGUACUAUAAGCUCAUCACCUUCAUCUGUGAGAUUUUCCCAGAGAAAAUCCCCCAGCUGCCCGAGGAGCUGUUUAAGAGCCUGAUGUUCUCCCUGGAGCUCGGCAUGACCUCUAUGAGCUCAGAAGUCAGUCAGUUGUGUCUGGAGGCCCUAACGCCUCUUGCUGAGCAGUGCGCCAAGACCCAGGAGAAGGACACCCCUCUGUUCCUCGCCACCCGUCACUUCCUGAAGCUGGUGUUUGAUAUGCUGGUGCUGCAGAAACACAAUACAGAAAUGACUGUAGUCGCAGGCGAAGCUCUCUAUACACUAGUGUGCCUGCAUCAGGUGGAGUAUUCUGAGCUGGUGGAGACGUUGCUGUCCAGCCAGCGGGACGCGGUGAUCUACCAGCGGCUGGCCGACGCCUUCAACAAGCUGACGGCCAGCAGCACCCCUCCCAGCAUGGACCGCAAGCAGAAGGUGGCCUUCCUGAAGAGCCUGGAGGAGUUUGUGGCCAACGUGGGCGGCCUGCUGUGCGUGAAGUAACCGCCGCAGCCGCCAAAACGUCGCCACAGCCCCCACCAGCUUGCCAAACCGUGCGGACAAGAAACGAAAGAGAGAGAAAAAAACUGUUGAAUUAUUGCACUGUUGGACAAUGACAGAACACUGAAGAGAGAGAGAGAGAGAGGGACGAUAAACAAGACGUUUCAUGUGCUGGCGGGCAUCUCCGCCCCUCUCAGCCCCUCUCAGCCCGACCCCCCCCCCCCCUCACGCGGAGUCACACGAGGUCCCCCCAGCACACGCGUGAAGCCAGAGGGGGGGCUCCCGGCAGGGCCAAGGCCCAGUACGGUUCACAGCGUUCAUCUCUGUCUGCUCUCAUCUGUGCUUAGUUUGUAAGCAGAUGGUUUGGGAUAAAUACAGAGUGAAUCUCGUGUGGACGUGUCUGACCGGUGGUCAGCCACCCCCCACCCCCCACUCUUCCCAGAGUGCCUUUGUUUUCUUGUUUGUGUUGUGUCUCAGUAACACGGAAGGCGAGCGUGUGCUCCAAGGCCUGUAUCACCAAGCGGUUACCAUGGACACGGGGAGGAUACAGAUUGCCAUGACGACAAGCCUUAUUCUCUGCCACCUCCGGGCCCCUGAAUCAGCAGAGGGGGGGGAAACGCAAAACAAAACAAAACAAAACAACAAAAAAAAACCAAAUCACUCUGUGUUCAUUAAAGGGUGUACAUAUAUUUUCAAAAGAGAAUUGGGGAGGGUGGGCAGGGUAGAAAAUUUUUAUAAGAUAGGGGUCAGAUAAGCAGAAUUUUUUUAUUGUUGUGACUUUGCCUGAAGGAAAAGGGCAUGUUAUGAUUUUUCAUUUUCGAUUUGUUUUCCACAAAUCUCGCAGACGGUUUUUCUCCCGAGGCCCUCCGCUCCUCUGUGGCCUCUCUUAUCCCUUUCCUGACGAGGUGGGCGGGGUCAGCCUCACAAAGCUUUGGGUUUUACAGGCCCAGUGAACUUGAGCUCUGGAGGGGGGGCGGGGGGGGGACGACGGCACAAGCGGUCCCACGCUGGGGAGCGGGAAGCCGAAUGCACGGAUACCUGAAGCGUAGCUUACACCCUUUUUUUUAAAAUCAACUACACCUCCAAAAUACAGAGUGGAUGUGAAGUAAUCCAUAUUGCUUGAGCAAUAACCAACCAAAAACAAGUGAUAAAGGGAGAAUGGUCUCCUUCAUGGUGUGUGGAAGCCACACCACAGAUUUUAGCCAGUGCGCCUGUAGAAGAACCCCACUACUGCUACUCCUGUUCAUAGAGUUCGGAAUGCCUAAAUGAAAUGUAUACGUGUAUAUAAACUUAUUAUAUAAACUUUUUGAGUGCUGUUUUUCUGUUAGGUCUUUGCCACUAUGUGCCGUUGUCAGUUGAGUACACCUAACAAUCAGGGUGAUACAGCAAUCCUGUUCCGUUUGUUUUUUGGGGUUUUUUUUCCUUUUAAUGAUAAAAGUAAUUAUUUUAGUUAAUUGUAGCAAAGAGCAACCAUGUGGAGAAAUGUAAUUUCCUUCUACGAGACCUUCUUUUCCAAGAGAAUUUUACCAUUUUAUUUAAAUUUUUAUUUGAAAGGAAAUAGUUGAGAACUUUGUGGGGACCACACUUCAAACUAAAGUGCUUUAAACCAGCUCUGAAUGUAUCUGGAAAUCAAACAUUGAACCCAUAUAACCACCCAGAUUUUCUUUGUCUGAAGUGAACUUCAAGCAAAACCUCAAAUAAAAAAAAAAAACAAGAAAAUUGAA